ACAAAGGUUAGGUGAAUUUACAUAGCAGGUUAGGUGAAUUGAGUUAAGUUUAGAAGAAGGGUUAGAGUUUGCAAAAAUGCUACAGUUGUCCCCGACAUGACCAGAACAUGCACAUUUUGGAUUGCUAGACUAUAGCGGAUUACGCACACCCAUCCUUUCCGACAAACCUCCCUAAGGUUGUUUCUGUCUCAAGUAACUAGACCAUUUGUAGGUAUCAUACUUCUUGGAGGUGCUCAGAAAUAUGUAAAGUAGAUUUUGUAUUGCUCUAUAGCUAGGCUGUGCUAACAUGGCCAUGAUGUAAGUCUCUCACUCUUCCUCUCUCUUACAGGUGGGCCCAAAGUCCCAGGAGAAAGUAUAUGGGCUAUAUUAAACAAACCCAUACAGUUUUCUGGAUCCAGUAUACCUUUGAAACUAAUCAAAACAGUGGAAUGGCGUCACAAAAGUGGAAACUCACAGACAUUCUGUCUUCUCCAUAAAAUGGAUGGGAACAUCACCAACAUAUCCCCUGCAUGCAAUGGCACUGCACGCUUCCUUUCCCACAAUAAAACCUUUGUUCUAUACUCAGUGAGGGCAGAGGAUGAAGGUGUCUAUGAAGAAAGAGUGAUUUAUAAGAAUAACACUAUGAUCACAGUAAAUAUAUCACUGUCAAUCAUUUCUCCUCCCUCCACCCUGCACAUCAGCGUAAACUUCUCCCACACGCUGCUAACAAUGACCUGUGAGGUCAAGGGGUCAAACCUCUCCUAUUGGUGGCUGAAGGAUGACCAGCCCUUCCUCACGGAUUCCAGAUGGUUAUUGGGUGAGAGAAACCAAACCUUACAGGUGAACAACCUGACCAAGGCUGACUGUGGGAAAUACACCUGCUUGGUGGCCAACAAGGCAGGCCAGUCACGGGGCCACUUCCAACUCACAGAUAACCAAUCCUCUGUGUGUAAUGAUGGAAUUGUCCGAGCCACACUGCCGAUAGGCCAGAGAGAAGUUCUAAUCAUGGUAAUAUUGGGCAUCUGCAUAUUUGGCCUGCUCAUCAUCAUUGCCUGCAUCAGGAGAUAUCACCAGGAAAUACAGAAGCAUCUGGCAGGACUUUGCAACAAGGAGCAGCAUCCUGUCAGAAACAGGAGAGGAAGGAGAAGAGACACCCCCGUGUCCAAAAAUCAUGUGUAUGAUGAGAUUGGAGAUGAACAGGAGCAGCUUGAACAAGAGGUGGUGAUCCCAUUGCCAUACGUCUACACAGACUUCCUUCCAAACAGAAAACAAGCAGAUCCCCUAAAGGACUUUGGGUACUCCACCAUCGGGCCAGCUAGCCUAAGCGGAGUCACAGUGAUCGAGGCAAGCGAACAAGGUCUUGAAUGUAGGUUCAGCGUAGCAUACUAGGAGACAGCGUAGGAGACAGCGUAGCAUACUAAAAAUAUCUAAUAAAAUUGUAUUUGUCACAAGCGCCAAAUACAAUAGGUGUAGACUUUACCAUGGGAUGCUUAGUUACG